CACAACGUUCUAUUCUCCAUAGUACCCUCCACUUUUCACUUAAAUCACUCUCUUUACCACUGCACUUUUCCUUUAACUCAGGGUCCACAUAGUCAUUUCGCUACCAAUUACCUCUACCCAGAUAUCUCUAGACGACACCGUUUCAUCCACUCCCUCCCACCGUCGUGGCUUCACCUUCGCCAAAUCCAGCUACAUCGGCCACAGUCACAGAUUCAUUUCCUUUUUUGCCCCUCCCGGUGCUCCGAAUUCCAAUUCGCACCAACCGCAGCUCUAUUUCGCUAAAAAACCGAAUCCAGAAGCUUCAAUUUUCGAUCGUCGCGAAAUGGAUUCCUAAAACUUCUUCUUUUAGGGUUUUUUAGGAUUGAAAGUUUUGAUUCUUCUGGGAAUGGCGGAUCAAGGAGAAGACGAGGAUUUAAAAAUGGCGAUUGGGAUGAGCAUGCAGGGCGCAGCGCCGGAGCCGAAGCGCAGCAAGCCUAGAGAAGCAGUUGCCGGGGUAGUUUCGGGAUCGCCGGAGGAUUCGCUGGAAUCCAAGACCCGGCGGCGGGAGCUCAUGGCGGCGGCUGCCGAGAAGCGUAUGGUUGCGACCGCGAGGGUUUCGCCUUCGGCGCCGCCCGCAGUUAAAGGGGGAAGGAAGGGUGGUGAAGUUGGGAGGAAAGAGGAGGAGUUGCGUUUGAAAGGUGGGAACUUGAGUAAGGAGUUGUCUGUUGAAGAAGCUAAUCAAUUGUUUGUUAUGUUGUUUGGGAGUGAAGUCUCAAAGGGCAUUCUUGCACGGUGGUGCAACCAGGGAAUAAGGUUUAGCUCUGAUACUGUAACAUCAAUGGGCCUAGUGCAGCAUGAAGGCGGCCCCUGUGGAGUUUUGGCAGCUAUCCAAGCAUUUGUGCUCAAAUACAUUAUUUUCUUCAGUGAUGAGGUUAAAGAUGCAUCACACAUGCCACAGAAUCGGGGUUUGGGUGCGUUGUUUAAAAGUCAAUCUGUUCCAUCAUCUAAUUUUUCUUCACUCACUGAAGGUGUUAAAGUAAGAGCACUUGUAAGAAGUAUGGGCGAAAUUUUAUUUUCAUGUGGAAGUAAUAGAAGGGCUGUUAUUGCAACUUUGAGCAUUCCAGGGAAUGACAUUCAGCUUUUUGAAGGAAUUUCAGAGGAUGAGGCUUUUGCAAGAUCACUUAAAGGUCUUUCGAUUGAAUCAGCCUUGGAUCUGCAGAAAGUUCUUAGAGUUGAAACAUACACAUCACCAGCAACUGCAUUGCAGAGGCUUGAAGCAAUUAUUCCCUUAUUCCAAAGUCGUUUGGGGGCAUUGCUUUUCCUAAUCUCUGGUUUACUUUCUCGGGGACUGGACUUGGUUCAAAGUGACAGGGAUGAUCCCAGCCAGCCACUGGUUACUGCUCCUUUUGGGCAUGCCUCCCAGGAGAUUGUAAACCUACUGCUCUGUGGGCAGGCUGUUCCUAAUGUGUUUGACGGAAGGAUGGAUUUAGGUGGAGGAAUGUUUCUGAAAGGUAUAUCACGAGAUGUGGAAGUUGGAUUUCUCACCUUGCUAGAAUCUCUGAAUUUCUGCAAGGUUGGUCAGUUUCUGAAAUCCCCAAAGUGGCCUAUAUGGGUUGUUGGAAGUGAAUCCCAUUACACAGUACUGUUUGCUCUGGACCCCAGCGUUCAAAAUGAGAAUGAACUGGAAGGAAGGGAAACACAGAUUCGCAAAGCUUUUGAUGCACGUGAUCAGAGCGGAGGCGGUGGUUUCAUUAGUGUGGAAGGGUUCCAUCAAGUCCUCAGAGAAACAAAUAUCAAACUUCCACCAGAGAAGCUAGAGCACCUUUGCUGUGCAGGGUUCAUUGUAUGGAGUGAAUUCUGGCAAGUAAUUUUGGAUCUAGACAAAAGCUUGGGAGGUUUGAAGGAUUCAUCAGGAUUGAUGGGUAAGAAGGUUUUCGAUCUUUACCAUUUUAAUGGGAUUGCUAAAUCAGAUCUAAAUGGCACUCAAGUAAAUUCUGAGGGUGAAACUCCACCGCAAAGACCCCGGCUCACAAAAUUGAGAGUUUCAGUUCCCCCAAGGUGGACGCCUGAGGAAUUUAUGGCUGAUGUAAAAGUUUCCUCUGCUGCUAGUACAAGUGAGUCUGCUGGGAAGGACACUGAAGUAUCUAAACCAGAGCCUCCUCAGCAUGCACCUUUGGUGGACUGCAUAAGAACACGCUGGGCCCGUGCUGUCUGCUGCUGGUCAGGGGAUCCUCCAAGUAUAGUCUGAGAGACUUUAUUUGGAGUCAUUGGUUAUGCUUUGUGACUUUAACAGGGACAACAUAAUUGGUUCAGCAAUGCCAAGAGAAAAGGAGAUUAAGUUGUCAUGUUUUAAUUUGACAUAGUACCUCGAGGCACAUGAAUUUUCUCCAAUAUGUGCAUAUCCGUUAUAUAAUGUGGAUUAAUGUAUUUUCAACAUUCUUUUCGAUUUUGUCAUGUCAUUCGGAACGUACAAAGAAGAGUGAUGUGAUAUUUAUUGUCAUGUCUCCUUGUAAAAUCCAUUUAAAUGUAUUGUUAUCAAUUAGGAAGAGUUAUAGUUCUUGGAGGGGUUACUAAUAAACGUGAAAUCUGUUCUUUUUUUCAGAAAUUGUUGUAAUUAUCGUGCUUGGCUUCUGAAUAUGUGAAAAUGAAUA